AUGAGCGGCCCCUACCCGGAGGAGAGCUGCGCCGAGCGCCCCGAGUGCAAAAGUAAAUCGCCAACUUUGCUGUCCUCCUACUGCAUCGACAGCAUCCUGGGCCGGCGCAGCCCCUGCAAGGUGCGGCUGCUCGGCGCCGCGCCCAGCCUGCCCGCCAUCGCCGCCCGCCCCGACGCCGACAAGGCCGCGCAAGGGUCCCCCAAGGGCAGCCCCCCGUUCGAGCCGGCCGAGCUCCACCUGCCCCCCAAACUGCGCCGGCUCUACGGGCCGGGCGGGGGCCGGCUGCUGCCGCCGGGGGCGGCAGGGCCGCGGGGGGACCGGCCGGAGGGGCGGCCGGAGGGGGGCGCCGGCCCCGUGCCCGCCGCCGCCCCGUGGGACACGCUGAAGAUCAGCCAGGCGCCCCAGGUCAGCAUCAGCCGCAGCAAGAGCUACCGCGAAAACGCGCCCUUCGUGGCGCCGCCGCCCGCCCGGGACGAGCUGGGCAGCCCCGCCGCGCACGUCGAGGAGCGGCCGGGCCCCGCCGCGCCGGCCGCCGAGGAGGAGGAGGAGGAGGACGAAGAGAUGCUGGAGGAGGAGGACGAGGAGGAAGAGGAGCUGGAGGACGACGAGGAGGAGGAGCUGCUGGGCGAGGACGGCGGGGGGCUGCUGAAGGAGGCCCGCCGGGGCGCUGCCGCGGCCCCCGGGGCGGAGGGCGGGGAUCUGUCCCCCAAGGAGGAGCUGCUGCUGCACCCCGAGGACGGCGAGGGCAAGGACGGCGAGGAGAGCGUCUGCCUCUCAGCCGGCAGCGACUCCGAGGAGGGGCUGCUCAAGAGGAAGCAGCGCCGCUACCGCACCACCUUCACCAGCUACCAGCUGGAGGAGCUGGAGAGGGCCUUCCAGAAAACCCACUACCCCGACGUCUUCACCAGGGAGGAGCUGGCCAUGAGGCUCGAUCUGACCGAAGCCCGAGUGCAGGUAUGGUUCCAGAACCGUAGGGCUAAGUGGCGGAAGAGGGAAAAGGCUGGGGCUCAGACACACCCCCCAGGUUUGCCUUUCCCUGGUCCCCUGUCAGCAACUCACCCCCUCAGUCCAUACCUUGAUGCUAGUCCUUUCCCUCCUCAUCACCCAGCUCUAGACUCCGCCUGGACCGCCGCCGCCGCCGCCGCCGCGGCCGCCGCCUUCCCCAGCCUGCCGCCGCCGCCCCCCGGCUCCGCGGCGCUGCCCCCCGGCGGGACCCCGCUCGGCCUCGGCACCUUCCUGGGCGCGGCCGUGUUCCGCCACCCCGCCUUCAUCAGCCCCGCCUUCGGCAGGCUCUUUUCCACCAUGGCCCCCCUGGGCAGCGCCUCCAGCGCCGCGGCCCUGCUGCGGCAGCCGGCGCCGGCCGCCGAGGGCGCGGUGGGCUCGGCGGGGCUGGGGGACCCGGCCAGCGCCGCCGCCGACCGGCGGGCCUCCAGCAUCGCCGCCCUGCGGCUGAAGGCCAAGGAGCACGCCGCCCAGCUCACCCAGCUCAACAUCCUCCCCGGGAGCAGCACGGGGAAAGAGGUGUGCUAA